GAAGCACCGCAACAGCAGCAAGCGAUGUUACUAGACGUUGUCAGCGCGUCACUCCCAACAAUAUUUCAGAAACGCGACCAGAAAAGCCGCGAGAAUCUAGUAACGGAAACGAAGGACGAGAUCGCACAAUUUGUGGUGCAAGACCUUGACGUGAAGCGAUUGACCGACAUUCAAGGACUGCUAUGGAUGGCCGGUCGGCCUCUGGCCGGCAGGCCUCUUCAUCGACACAAAAUGCUUGAACGGCGUAUUUUGAGAACGGAGCAAGCCGACCUCCAUAUGCUAGUGCUUGAACAAUCGGUGUUUCUCAAACCACUGCCAUUAUAUUUGCUGUCCCAUGCAUUCUUCCAAGAUUACAUCUCCAAAGAUCAAGACCUGGCCAAGUCGGCCAAUGGAUUCUUACUGUCAUAUACCUGGCUUAUACGCAGCGAAUUGGAUUUCCAGUUGGCACAAAUGGAGAGCCUGCUUCCAAAUACCGAGCCGCAAAUCACUUGGCUGGAGUGGAAGUCGUUCGUCCAUUCAUUCUUAAAAUAUGUCGACCCGAACACUUUGGAGCAAGUAAACGAUCGCUAUCAUUUUGGCGAACUGCGGUUGGGCCGAAUCAACACCAUCUAUCGCAUCGCCCCCCGAUUUUUUUUCCUGCAUUUUGUGCGUGGGUACCUGUACGGGUACAACCGGUACGGUCCGUUCUUUCAACGUCGGUUCGCAUUUACGCUGGUCCUGUUUGUCUGGCUCUCAUUGAUUUUAUCCGCCAUGCAAGUAGGGGUCGCCGUGGAUCCCCUCAUGAGCCACAGCGCAUUUCAGCAAGCUACUUUUGGAUUUGUCGUCUUCUCGAUAGUCUUGGUCGCCUUCAUCAUCGCCAUGCUCAUGUUGCUUUUCGGUGUAAUUUUUCUGAUCAACAUGGUGCUGGCUAGUUUCCAAGCCCGGCGAGAGCGACAUGCACGAAGGCUAAGGGCUCAGAAAAGCAAUGAGACCUUGUCAACAGAAUGA